AUGGCCAACAAAACGACCAGAUGCCCCGUCAACGAUGAGCGCUUUUCUACACCUCGAGUCGAAGUUCCAAAGCAACCGCAAAGACGCUUUCGUGCCGAUAUUGCCUCUCCAAAAUGCCUUCCGUCUCCCGGACGGAUUGGCCGUUUCGCGUCACUUUGGCUGCCGGUGACAACAAUUGCCGUCAGUCUCGAAACCAAAUCAUGUGGAAAAUGA